CGUCGGCUGUCUUUCUUUUCACUUCAUUUACAAACGUGUGUUUUGAAAGCAAAAUAAAACAGAAACUUUAUUUUUGCUAACGUGUUACAUAAUGGUAGACGAGAAUUUACUUCAAGAAUAUUCAGAAUCCAUAAGAAGACUCAAAAGGCAAUGUUUAGAGGCCGGUAUGAGCGAUGACGAGUUUCGUAAACUUUACUUUGAAUCCUUGAAAUCUUUAGACGCUAGAGACACUCCAGAGGCGCAAUCUCGUUUACGAUUCAGGGUAAAAUAUCUGGUAUUAGUCAUAGGAGUGUUAGUUUUGCUCUUAGCGGCUUUUAACAGCAAAUACAUGUACAGCACAAUGAUGUGCAGUGUGCAAGAAUACAUUUAUCCUGGCUUAAGACUUUUGCGACGGAUCUCUAUACCUUUGAUAUCUUUAUUCCCUUCGUUGACUGAUUUCUACCAUGAAACAUGUCUAAUACAAAAUCCAUUCUUUACCGUGGUGGAUAUGGAUUGUUGGCCGUGCAGUAGUGUGACUAGUGUUAGAGAAGUCUAUGAUCCAAAGCCUGUGAAUCAACAAAAUGGAGCACCAUUUAUUUAUGAGACUGAUCAACAAUUAAUAACAUUAGAUAAGUUACAGAGUAUUUAUGUAAGAAAUAAAGACUACUUUGAUAAGGAAUCUCCCAGCAUUUUAGUAAACAAUAAAUAUUACAUUAAUCCACAAGAUAUGUUUCUGUCAGAACAAAUGAAGGAUGAGAAAAACUUCUAUAUUUGGAAAUUUAACAACAUGAAUACUGCUAGAUUAUUACGUCAAGUAAUUCCAAGGCCAAAAGUUGUUCCAAAGUUUGGUCAGAGCACUGAAAGGUUUAUUAUUGUUGAUUCUAGUCAACAGUCCUUCCAAGUACCUGAUACUGAGUGUAGUUAUUCCUUUCUGCUCUCUCUGAGUGGUAGUAGAACAGUGGAUUUGUUACCAGCAGAGGAAUGUAAAAAUCAAUGCAAGACAUUGAAAGUAGAAUUGAAGGAAACUUUUUUAUUAUGGUACAACUGGUGGUACUGGAGACCUGUGAUACAAACAUCUGCAGGCAACACAACUUUUAUUGCACACAUUGGUUCCUAUUGUUAGAAAACAUGAAAUAAGUACAAAUUAGAGUAAAUGGAAUGUACAAUACACCAAUUUAUUAACGAAAAAUAAAAAUCAUUCUAAAUAAAUUAACUAAAAACAACAACAAA